UGCAGCGAGGCAAGCUGAGUGCUGGUGCUGAUCGUGCAGGUGGGCGUUGGGGCCGGGCAGGACUGGGAGUUCUUCUACUCCGGGAGUUUACGGGGUCCUGGAGGAGGCAUCUGGGACCCCGGGCUUGUGGGGAGGCAGGUCGGGGAGACUGACUCCCCCCGACCCCAUCCUUCCAAGAGCGACCUACCGGGGCGCCUGGCUCCUCCCGGCGGCCGUCGGGAGGCGAUGCCGAAGACUCGGCUCAUCCACCUGCAGACAUGGGUCGCAGAAAGUCAAAACGAAAGCCGCCUCCCAAAAAGAAGAUGACAGGCACCCUUGAGACCCAGUUCACCUGCCCCUUCUGCAACCACGAGAAGUCUUGUGACGUGAAAAUGGACCGUGCCCGCAAUACCGGAGUCAUCUCUUGUACUGUGUGCCUAGAGGAAUUCCAGACGCCCAUAACGUAUCUGUCAGAACCUGUGGACGUGUACAGCGAUUGGAUAGACGCCUGCGAGGCAGCCAAUCAGUAGCAACACAGAGGACCCGCCCCCUGGGCAGCCCCACCUGCUGUAGACCCAGCUGCUCGCGGGUCCAGAGACAUUCCAGAGGUCCAGGGUGUGGGUCCUGGACUGUGGCAGCCCUCUUUGUGUGUGGGAGUGGGUGUGGCGUGGCUGUGGGUGUGAGUGUGGCUGCACUUGUCACUGUGGGGUGGCCGUGAGUGUGUGUUCAUAGGCACACGGUGGUGUCCAGGGGUUCCUGGGCCUGAGGGGCCUGAACUGACCUCACUUGGCUCCAAAAGCCUUUGCUGUGUUCCCUUCUUCAACCCCUGGCCCCCCAGCUUUGGCACCGUGGCUCCCCCCACUGGAAGUGGGGGACUGUUUCCUGAUAUCCUGGAUGGGGAAGCCCAGUAGAGGCUGGAACGGAACCUCUCCAGCCUCCUCACCAGCACUGUGCCCAUCUGAACUGGACUUCCCACCCUCCUUCUCCACCUUCUAGUGCCCGUGGCCUGGGAUUCAAAGCCACCGUUCCCUAGGUCCCCAGGCUGGGCCCUGACAGGGAGCUGCUUCCCUACCCCCAUGAUAACCAGGAAGCUGUGUUUCAUGUUCAGUUGCUUUUGCAGAGGAGGCAAGGGCUGGGAUGGGGACAGCUGUCAAUCAUAAGCCCUUCAAUAAAACAGCCAGUGCACAUUC